CGAGGCGUGGAAAUUUUCUUUUUAUCGCGAAACAAAAAAGUGCCAUCAGAAAUUAUUUUAAAGUCAAUUAUUUCUUCUAAUACAUUAAUAACAUUAUCGUUGUGUGCUUGGGCUGGCAUCGUGCCAUGAACAAUCCUUUAAUACCCAAAAAAAUGCCAUUCUUUAAGCAGUUGAAGCGAACUUUGCACCAAAUUCGCGCCUCUUCAUUUGUAAGAGGUGGAAUUAGCGGUGAAGGAGACGAAGACAGUUGGCGUGCAAGACAACUUAUAAAGCCAGAAGAUCAAAUGGAUUUAACAGAUGCAGAACUAUGUGAAGAAAUUCCAAAAGUUUUGUCAUGCGAGAAUCGGAAUGUUCCACACAAUUUAGUCAUCUAUAGUUUUCGUGAGGGUGGAUAUAUUCCAGUUCCUAGAACAACUAAUGUUGUGACAAUUUUUGAGCAUGAAGGAACAGCAUUGCAUAUUGAAAGCUCUGAAGCGAAAGCUCAAAUUGCUGAUGAAAGAGACAGAGGAAUCGUCCAAGUUGAUCCAAGGAUUUCUGAUUUAAAGUCAGGAUCCCAAACUGGCACAACAACACCUGAUUUAGAUCGAAAUCCAGACGAAAAUGCUGAUGGAGAAAAUGAGGAGGAAGUAGGUUCCGAGGCAGGAGGCGAAGCUGAUGCAGAAGGUGAAGAAGAACAAAAGGAAACACAAACAGCAGUUGCAGCUGGUCCAAAGAAGAAGUUAACAAAUCAAUUUAACUUUUGUGAACGAGCAGCAUUAACAUACAAUAGCCCAUCACGAUCUGUUGAAACGCAAACAGUUCCACCACCCCGUUCAUCGUUCAGUGCAAAUGUCGUACAGUGGCAUAUUUAUGAUUCAUAUAAUGAGGAUUAUGAGCGUCUAAAACGCGAAAAGGAAAAAGAAAUGCUAAAGGAAAAAAAGCCUGGCUUACAAAAACAUGCUGAAAUGAAACGAGGCGAUGCAAAAACAAAAGCUGCAGAAGAAUUUAAUCGCAAAUACUUUCAAAAAGCUCAAGUACUUGAACGUAUGGUUAAUCAGAACAUAUUCGAUGAAAUUGCUCACGAUUAUCGUUAUUGGGAAGAUCCGUCGGAUGAGUAUCGUGAAGACGAUGGAACUUUAUUGCCGUUAUGGAAAUUCACAUAUGAUAAAUGCAAGAAAAUGAGUGUAACUGACAUAUGCUUAAAUACAUUCUACUACGAUUUGUUUGCUGUCUGUUUUGGUUCGUUUGACUUUAUCAAGCAAGUCACUGAAGGAUAUGUUUGCUUAUUUUCCAUAAAAAAUCCAUCUUUUCCUGAAUAUCGCAUAACAACCGAGUCAGGAGCAAUGUGCUGUGAUAUUCACAAGAAAUAUCCAUAUUUAAUUGUUGUCGGACAGUAUGAUGGAAAUGUUUGCGUGUAUAAUUUACAAGAUGGAAAAGAUCCCGUUUAUGUCUCGCAAGGUGUAAAUGGAAAGCAUUCAGAAGCUAUUUGGGAAGUUAAAUGGGGCGAAGACAUGCAAGAUGGAGAAAUAAAUUUUUACUCAUUAUCCACGGAUGGACGUGUUUUUAAUUGGGUCUUGAUGCAGAAUAAAUUGACUUUAACCACGAUCAUAACAUUGUAUUUGGACGUUAAUCCUGUCAGUGGACCCGACGGCACUACAAUUAAAUUGAAAGCUAGUGGAACAUGCAUGGUCUUUCAUCCUACAAACAAAGAAAUCUUUCAAGUUGGAACUGAAGAUGGUUUAAUAUUUAAAUGCAGCACAGCAUAUAGUUCCAAAUAUUUGAUGAUAUAUCAGGCUCACUACUUGUCAGUUCAUAGAAUGGAUUUUAAUAAAUUCAACUCAAACAUCUUUAUUUCGUGCAGCGGUGAUUGGCGUGUAAAAAUUUGGGAAGAUAUGAGAAGUGAUCCUUUAUUUAUUUUUGACUUGGGUGCUAGUGUUGGUGAUGUUAAAUGGGCACCAUAUUCAUCAACAGUUUUUGCUGCUGUCACAACAGAAGGACGAGUUUUUGUAUUUGAUUUAAAUGUCAAUAAGUACAAGCCAAUUUGUUCACAGCAAGUCGUUCCUCGAAAGCGAAAUAAAUUGACACGAAUUGUUUUCAACAAUAAAUUGCCAUUCAUUAUUGUUGGAGAUGACAAGGGAACUAGCAUAACUUUAAAACUGUCACCAAAUCUUCGACUUCCAUGUAAACCAACAAAAAAGCAGCAAUAUCAAGAUCAGUUACAAUUACAGAUCUCAAAAUUAGAUCGCUUAUUGUCCCUUGUUCGAGAACUUCCCGAUGGAGUUGAAGCAACGCAAGAAGACGUACAAACUGAAGUUGGAUCCAAUUAAAUUAAUUAUAAAUUCACUGAAAGCAUCUAUUUUUCUUAUACCUUAAAUAAAAAGGCAGCAUGUAUAGUGAUUCACAAAUUUUAUUAUUGAAUAGAUAUUUUUGAUCCUUAUUUUUAAAUCACAAAGAAACGAAUUGUAGAACAAUUUUUUGAGACUUAUAAAUAAAUUAUUAGACUUUUUGUUGAUUAUAAAAAUAGAAAAGCAUAAAAGGAACAAUAUCUUUUUGAACAACACAUUUUUUAUACAUAUGCCGUAAAAAAUUUUCAUAAAUAA